UAUUUUUAUUUCGUCUUAUAAUGCGUGUUUUUGAUCUUACGAACUGAUAACGUCAAUUUUCAUGUAUUUAAUUCGAUGAAUUGACGACCGUGAAAUUCGAACAUUAAAACGUUGAUUUCCAAAAUCCAAGAAAGGGCAACGUCGUAAUCCAUACGACUAUUUCACUAUUUCGGCGCUCAUUUGCGACCGCAGUAUGAUCUGCAGUAUCUCUUCAUUGGUGUGCAAAGUUUUUGUAGCAGUUAAAGGAAUCAAGAUGUCCCAGCGAAGGCGUACUGCAGAAGUUGCAGAGAAGAAAGCUGCGGAUGCCAUACGAUCAGAUGAUAUAAUCGAAGAUAUUAUUCCAGAAUCGAAAUCCUGGAGCUCCGAACAAUCACAAUCACAAUCGUCAAACGAAAAACCAUCGCUUGCUGGAGCUGCAGCUAAAGCUAAAUUGGGUGCUGCUAAACCAAAGGGAAAAGACACAGAGGUGAAACAACUCGAAGAAAUGGCUGAUCAAGAAGAAAAAGGCAAAACAAUUAAGUUUGAUCAAAGCAAAAAGCAGGAAUCAGGAGGGAAGCGUGGAGAACCUCGCACCCAUGAAAAACUUAAAUCAGCUGGCAAGAAGGGUGCUUCAGUAAGGUGGUCAAAAGAAAGACAAGAACAGGAAGGAGGUCCUGAUCCAGACUAUAAAUUGAAUGAAGAAAAUGAAGAUGACAAAGAAGCGUAUAAAGAGGAAUUUCAAGAGGAACCUGUGGAAGAGGAAGAAAAUUUUGAAGAGGAAGGAGAAGAUCAAGGAGAAGGAGAAAACAAAGAAGAUCGGAUGCAUAAAAUAAGAGUGGAGGCAGGGAAGAAAGCCAUUGCAACAAGAAAGGCUCAUAUUAAAGAACAGGAUCCUAGCGUCAAAUCGGACAAAGAUGCAGACGCAGUCCUGCACGAUCAGUUAUCAGCCAUCGGUAAAAAAGGAGCUUCAGCUAGAUGGUCGCGGGACAAAGAUGAGGACAAUGGGGGAGACGAAGAAGAUCAAGAAGGAGAGGAUAAAGAAGCACGGUUGCACAAUAUCAGGGUACAAGCAGGGAAGAAAGCAAUGGCAACAAGAAAACAACAUAUCAAAGAACAGGAUCCUGGAGUAGAGUCGGACGAAGAGGCUGACGCAGUCCUGCACGAUCAGUUGUCAGCAAUCGGUAAGAAGGGAGCAGCAGCGAGAUGGUCCCGCGACAAAGGACAAGGUGGUGAUCAGGGUGAUAGUGAAGAAGAUGAAGAGGAGAAGGAAGCUCGGUUACAUGACAUAAGGGUACAAGCAGGAAAGAAAGCAAUGGCGACAAGAAAGCAGCAUCUGAAGGAACAGGAUCCUGGAGUGCAGUCGGACGAAGAGGCCGAUGUAGUUUUACAUGAACAACUAUCGGCUAUUGGCAAGAAAGGAGCUUCAGCCAGAUGGUCCCGCGAAAAGGGCGAGGGUUCGGUUGAAGAAGAAGAGGUUGACGAGGACGAAGAUGAAAAAGCCGCCCGAUUGCAUAGAAUUAGGGUCGAGGCGGGGAAGAAGGCAGCAGCGACACGAAAGGCACAUGCUCAGCAACAACAAAAUUCCGCUGGUGAAUCAGACGAAGAUGAAGCAAGCACACACGAAAAAUUGUCAUCGGCCGGGAAAAAAGGGGCGUCGACGAGAUGGACGCGUGCAAAAAAACGGGAUUCUGAAGGAGAAAAUGGUAAUGAUGGCGCCAAUGGUAACAUGAAGAAGGCUCGUGCUUCAUCGCGAGUCGCAAUGGAACACUGCAAAUCCUGAUCCGUAUUCAAGAGGAAGGCUCUUGAAAUUCAAGAGCUGUUCCUCCAACAUUUCGCUGAUCUGGUGGUGGAUAUGAAUGUUUCGGCUCCGCGUAGAGGGGCGUUUGAAAUCAUAGUGACCAAUUCCCGUGGUGUCGAGACUAUCUUAUGGAGCGGUCUUAAGCGUGGUCCGCCACGACGUCUCAAAUUUCCGGAUCCUAAUACUUUGAUUGCAGGCUUGAAGGAAGCCCUAGCUUAAGAGCCGUUAACUCGUAUAGACUUUUUCCCCUCGUUAUUUGCGUCCGUUAAUUUUAUUUGAUCGUCCAAUUUACAAGAUUUAGUAGAGAAGAGCAAAUCCAUCAUAUGAGAAAAAGAAAGAGGACAGAGUAAAGGGUUUAUGAUGGCGUGAGAGUUAAAAAUCUUUAAUUAAAAGAGCUUCCAUGUCCUGAUGCUGUUUCCUUUUUUGCUCUCUUUGUUUAUCAUGUGAUGGAAAAUCUCUUAAAACUCAGAUUAAGCUUUCUUGUUGUUUUGUUUUUUAUCCAUUUAAACACAUCCUUAAAACUUCGCUGAACUCUCCCGAGUAUUGCGCUCUAAUCCCGAAUGAAUCACUACUAAAAUUGUUAAAAUAAAAUAAAAAAAAGUACAGAGAAAAUAAACAGAUAUGUCAAUGUA